UUUGGUGUGUGGGUGUGCAGGGAUUCAUUUCCACUUAUGGUUGAUUGCUAUGAAAUUUUCAGUGUGCCAUGAGUGUCAGUUAUAAAAAUGAAAUGAAGACAGUAAGAGGAUGUGUAGUGUCUAGUUUGACUGUCACAUUACAGUAAAACCUUAUAGGAAAUUUUGCUGAAGAGGAAAAGCCCUCAUGUCUCUGUUUCCCCACACACAACCAGUGACAAAUAUACUCACACUCUCCUAGAGGCCCCGCCUCCACUGAGGAAUAUUUAAAUCCACUCUUUUCAGCAGCUUGUGUUUCACUUUGUGUGCUUGGCUGUGCCCCAGCCCACUACACACUGGAUAUAAGCACAUUCAGGACAAAAUAACCAGGAGAGCCUCCUCAUCCUCCAAUUACUCGUCAUACCAGGCCAGCCUCAUCUGACCCUGCCACCCAAAGAAGAAGAAAAGGACUAUAAAGAACAAGAAGUAAAAGUAACAGAUCACUGGAUCCAGAGAAGCAGAGCGGUAGAAGAAGUCUGUAUCUAGUGCUGGCUAGUGAAAAUGAUCCUGUGGGUUGGUUUGCUGAUGUCUCACUGUUGUUUGGGUCUGAAUGGAGCUGCAGCAGGAAGCACUGGACUGGAGAGGAUAGAAAAAUGUGGCACCAGGUGUUCUCAGGGCCUUCACUGCAAGAGCAAGCCAGAUAAUUUGUUUCCUCCUCCAUGUCAGACCCCUGCUGAGGGUCUCAACACCUCCUCCGUAUUCCACAACAUCAGCCUCUCCACACUCAUGAGGUGUGAGGGGAGGCAAAAGUGCACACUACACCUCAGAGUCAAAACCACGUUACAACUUACUGAGUCCAUCCAUGGUGUGUCCAUCUGCACCGCCACCGCAGGGAUGAUGGCGAACUGCCGAAUCUUGAGCUUCAAAAGAGCAUCGAGAGAAAGAAUGUCAGGACUGCAGCUGGAUGUUGAGAAUGAUUGCACUGACAUCUCUCCGAGCCAACAAGUGCAAAUAACAGUGAAAACUGUGCCAAGCUACUGUGGCAUAACCUGGACAAGCACCUAUGAAGCUCCAGAAUGCAGCAGUGAAGAUUUGCGAAGACAUGUCCCAGAAUGCAUCACUGGGAGGCUAUCAUAUGAUGUAAUCCCCCAGCGGAAGGAGCUGAGAGUCAGUGUGUCAGACAUGCUGGAAAAUUACAACUACCACCUCCGUCUGUGCCGUAAGGAUUUCAUCUGCGUUGGCACAGGGGCCAAUAAACUGAUAAAGAAGGAGGAACCUGUAAAGAGCACCACCCUCUCGUACUCCCGACCUUUGCCCUGCCUCUGCAUCGAGGGAUGGUCAGCUGUGAUGGAUGCCCCCAGAGUCCAGGUCUGCCCUUUCAAAGACCGUCUAGAGGAGCUGUGGUUUGGAAUUAACUUUGACCCACUGGAGGGGACGCUUUCAUGGGAACCCGUCUGUCCAGUUACUGCUGUGGUUGUGUUGUGUCAGAAAAGAGAGGAUGGCGUCUGUGUGGAUCUGCCUCAUGCCUCCCAGAAUGUUAGCAGAGAAAAGAUAAGAUUUACUAAAGUGGAUCCACACCCUCAACUGUGCAUGAAGUUCACUGCAGACUCUCAGUCCUGGACCAGGUGCCCCUUUGCUGAGGCAAGAUUCCAAGCGUGGGAGGUGGUUGUGAUGAGAAGACAAGGUCAUGAAGACGUGAAGAUGUCGUCACAGAUCACUGCAACGUUUUCUGUGGGGCUGUGUGUGAAGUCUGAAGGGUCUACUGUGUGCCAGGUCACCAAAACACACACCAUGCAUGUGGAGAAACACACAGCUGUUGGCUUAGAUCUGGCAGGGAAACUAUGCGACUCUUGUCUCCAGGUCAAGAGGCUCGAUGUGAAGUUUGCUGCCACAAUCAUUCACUGUCUUGACCCGUGCAAUCAAUCAUCGCCCCUCAGACCUGUCAUCUCCAGUCGAGCCUCUUGGGACUUGACCUUGGUCGUUGUACCAGCUGGUGUUUGCCUCUCUGGCAUCAUAAUUGUUAUGCUGUUGCUACACAUACUGUUAACCGUGUAUCAGAGGAAGAAACAAAAACAAAAUGGAGGCUGUACCUCUAAAAAGCAAACAGAUCGUGCUUUUGACUGUGUGGUCCCUGCAUUGCAAAUUCAACCUGUUCUCCAUGGAGGGGUCCUCAUACCUGAUUCGCCGCAGUGUGGGAACACUGAGAAGGCUAACUUAAUCUCUGACUGACCAAAGAAUGGCAUUACAAGCAUUACUUGUAACGUGCAUUAUAAAACUGUAAAGAUGUUACACAAACCAAAAUAAGUUCUCUGUUGAAUGCAGUGUACAAUGUUGGGACAGGUAUUUCAAAUGUUAUGUAUGUUAUUGUAAAUGUGCUGGUUAGUAUGCUUGUUAUAGUUAUUUGCUGCUGUUUAUGUAUUCUGUGUGGCUUUGUUUGUUUGGGUGAAAGUGUAUUUCAUCAUUUAUAAGUUAAAAUAUUCUAAACAGCCAGUUCCCAUCCCAAUUAGAUUUAUAUUUUCAAUAAAAAAAUGCAAAAUAUGAAAGAAAACCUGCAGAUUUUCUUGAACAACUUCUGUUUUUGAACAUUAUGUUUUUUCAAAAUGAAUUUAACUUUAGGAAAGUAAUGAUUCGCUUAUUUUUAGUUCAGUAUUGUCCAUAAUUUGAAAUGUAAUGAAGUCUAAACCUUUUCUUAUGUAAGUUUCCUUGUAUUAGAAGCAAACGGUAGUCACAGCCUUAAAUGUGCCACAUCACUCACAACAUUAUAUAAUACGAUAAUUGGAAAUGUCAAAAUAUGACAGAGAUGAUAUAUCAAACAGGAGCAGUGAGUUGAAUCACCUCUGACAAUAAGAGCUUCACCAAACUGGUGUAUUUACCACUGUUGUGGGUUCUGUAUUGCAAGAUGUUUGUGUUAUUUUGUCCAGAAUGUAGAGGUCUGGUAUUUAAACUUAACCGUUUCUAAGAGAUUCAUUUUCAGUGGAGCUCCCACACUAGUUUGCACACUUGUUCAGACAAGCCAGCACUGCUGUUUGCUGUGUUUCUUUGCAAGUGACACCUCACUUCCUUUAUCCUUUGCAUAUUUUGCUUCUCUUUCUUACAUUCACAUACACAUCUGCUGGUAUGGAGUAUGUUAGCCCCCAUGUACCAUUGUUACCAGAAUGAAAACAUUUUUAAUUACUGAAAGCUCAUAAAACAUCACAAGUGACGAUGAGCACAUUAUAUGGACAUGUGAAUUAAACUAUAGUAACAAGAA